AUGAGUCAGUAAUCAUACAGUGUGACCUGUGCAUUUUCUACCUUUCUUUUAGUUUUACUAUAAAGCGCAAGAGGCUGCGCUUUUUAUCAAAUAUUGGUGACCAGCCUGCCUAGAUCCAUGUAGAACGAUGGCCACCGUAUUCGAUCUAGAGCUAGCCGAAGAUAUUGAGCAAGAUGAAGUUGAAUCCGACGACGAUAUAGAAUUGGAUCAGGACCAAAAUGAUCAUGCGUGUGGAACUAUUGAUGACGAAUCUGAGGAACAGUUAGAGACCAUUGAAAUAUCAGAGAAGACCGUGAAUACGUCGAUCAAUGAGAAAAUAGGUCCAGAACACUUUGAACUUCUAAAGGUUCUUGGAAAAGGAGGCUAUGGAAAGGUAGGGAGUCAAUUCCAAAAGAUUAAAGGCAUGGACCUUAACAAGAUAUUUGCAAUGAAAGUUCUAAAAAAGGCAAGCAUCGUGCGGAACCAGAAGGACACGGCGCACACGAAGGCCGAGCGAAACAUCCUCGAGGCCGUCAAGCAUCCGUUCAUCGUCAGCCUCAUCUACGCGUUUCAGACGGGCGGGAAGCUCUACCUGAUCCUCGAGUACCUCUCCGGCGGAGAGCUGUUCAUGCACCUCGAGCGCGAGGGCAUCUUCAUGGAGGACACGGCGUGUUUUUAUCUCGCCGAGAUCACGCUGGCGUUGGAGCAUCUACACUCGCAGGGCAUCAUCUAUCGAGAUCUGAAGCCCGAAAACAUUCUCCUCGAUCACUCAGGUCACGUGAAACUGACCGACUUUGGCCUAUGCAAGGAAUCGAUCAUGGAGAACAAUCUGACGCACACGUUCUGCGGAACAAUAGAAUACAUGGCGCCUGAGAUACUGACGAGGAGCGGACAUGGCAAGGCGGUCGACUGGUGGAGCCUGGGAGCGCUCAUGUAUGACAUGCUGACGGGAGCG